UACCGUCCAGUCACUCAUUAGUCGUUUGUGCCAUUCAGUAAUCAAGUCGACUGUCGCCAACAAGUCUGUGCCAUCAUGAAAUUGAUUUUGUGCUUUGCUCUAGCGGUUGCCGUGGCCGCUGCCAAACCAACGUUGGAAGAGUCAAAAACACAAGAUGACCAGCCAUUAUCAAUUCCGAUCGAGAGCGAACAACCAGAAGACAAAGUCAGAGUUGAGCGAAGCGACCCAAAACUCACCUCCAUCAAAUCAACCGAUAACGAAGAAUCUACCAAGUCUAAAGCCAGCGCGAUAGAAGCAUCCAGCCCGUUGGAAAAUACCAACGCCAGGACACUUACUUCAGGACAUCAACAAGUCCAGUAUCUCCCAUCUGCUGCUUCAUACCCAUCCGUGUCAUACGGAUCAUCUGGUGCUUCAUACCCAUCCGUGUCAUACGGAUCACCCGUUGUUUCAUACGGAUCGUCUGCUGCUUCAUACCCAUCCGGGUCAUACGGAUCACCUGUCGCUUCGUACCCAGCUGCGUCAUAUGGCUCUGUUGCUUCUUAUCCGUCCGUGUCAUAUGUAUCUGGAGCUUCGUCAUCUGGACAAGGGUCGUCAUUCAGUUCCGGGUUCCCAGCCCCAGUGAUUCCAUCAUCGCUGGCAAGUUCUAUCCCACAACGCGGCGGAAUCAACAUUGCGAAACAGAUCAUUCACAAGCCCGUUAUUACUGAACUCCAAGAAGUCAUCCACAAGCCAGUGAUCACUGAAGUCCAAGAGAUUGUCAACAAGCCAGUCGUACAAGAAGUCCAACAAGUCAUUCACAAACCAUUAUACAUCGAGCACAUUGGCCUCAGUCCGUCCUACCACGGAUACCAACAACACAUUCACAAACAACCCGUCUACCAACAGUCCGUGCAACCAGUGAUUCGCCAACCGAUUUCUCAUGGCAACACCGUCCAUUUGGCCGACCAAUAUGAACACGCUGUUACUACUACCACCACCACCCACUACUGUGCACCGGGCUCUCUUGGAUACGGCGCCGGCUUAGCAUCGGGAUCUGGAUACGGUUACGGAGCUGCCGUCCCCUACGCACCAAUUGCUGCCCCCCCAGCUGUUGCAUCUUACGCCGUGCCUGCUCCAUCGGUCAGCUACUCUGCUCCAUCGGUCAGCUACGCUGCUCCAUCGGUCAGCUACGCUACUCCAUCGGUCAGCUACGCUGCUCCAUCGGUCAGCUACGCUGCUCCAUCGGUCAGCUACGCUGCUCCAUCGGUCAGCUACGCUGCUCCAUCGGUAAGCUACUCUGCUCCAUCGGUAAGCUACUCUGCUCCAGCCGUUGCAGAACACUCUUCCGCGGUUGUUUCCGCCCCGAUCCCAUACGGUUACGCUUCAGCAGCACCGUACAGCUACUCGGCUCCCGCUUCAGUGGGCUAUGCCAGUUACGAACCGUCUUACGUUAGCUACGAAAAACCAACUGGAUCCACGUGCAGAACCGGUAACGAAGAAUCGUGCAAAAACAUCGAAGGGAAAGCUGCAGAAAACAAAACCCAAGGAAAGGCUGCCGAACAGAUCACCUACGACACAAUCCAGGCUUACCCACAACAGUCUGAAGACAACCAACAACAGUUGUUCAACAACAAGCAGCAAAUGAUGGGAUUAUCCCAACAACAAAUAGGAAGGAGCAGCGAAGAUUCAAAGCAAGCCACGCCGGAUAUCGACGCUAUUGUUAAAAAUAUGGAACACAAUGAAAAAAUGAUGAAGACAUUCAAGAACAUGAUUAAAGAAAGCAUGGCCGAAUUACAGACCGACAAAGUCAAUCAACCGAUGGCACCUUCAAAAUCUGACUGAUUUAUUGAUUUAGAAUAACAACGACAAUAGGCUAUAUUUACAUUAAUUAAUAAAAUGUACUUACAAUUUAUAAUAAAUUGACUGCAUUAUAAUAAUAA